AUGUCCAAGCUUGAGACGUCCCAAGACCCGCACAAUGAUCUCUCGGACCAGAUCGAGCGUGCUGCUUCUCCCUCUGAGGGAGAGGUGAUCGAUACCGAGGUCAAGACCAGCGAUGCCGUCUUUGGAAACAUCACAGACGGAGGGCCCAACUACCGCAAUGUUGGAUGGUUGGGAACUGCCGCUCUCAUGAUGAAGACGCAAAUUGGCCUGGGUGUUCUUUCGAUCCCGUCAGUCUUUGACACCGUGGGGCUCAUCCCCGGUGUCAUCCUUCUCUUGUUCGUUGGAACCAUCACCACUUGGUCGGCCUAUAUGAUUGGUGUUUUUAAGCUCCGACACCGUCAAGUAUACGGCAUUGACGAUGCAGGCGGCCUGAUCUUUGGGCGCAUUGGACGUGAGGUCUUUGGCGUUGCCUUUACCCUCAUCUUGACCUUUGCAUCUGCCGCAGCCAUGAUUGGCAUCUCGGUUGCUUUCAAUGCCCUUUCCACCCAUGGCGCAUGUACUGCCGUGUUUGUUGCAGUGGCGGCGGUUUUUGGAUUCACUUUUGCGAGUAUCCAAACGCUGGGUAAGAUUAGUGCGUUGGCAUGGAUCGGCGUUACUUCUAUUGUUAUCGCUGUUUUCACCGUCACAAUCGCCGUCGGUGUCCAGGGUAAACCUUCGAGUGCUUCUCAAGACUACGAGGGCCCUUGGAGGUCCAAUUACGAGCUUUUCAAGAACCCCAGCUUUAGCGACGCUCUAGGAGCCAUUACGACACUCAUCUUUGCUUAUGCCGGCACCCCAACUUUCUUCAGUAUUGCGUCCGAGAUGAGAGAUCCCAAGCACUACACCAAGGCGUUGAUGAUGUGCCAAAGUGUCAUUACGUUGGCGUACAUCGUGGUCGGUGUGGUCGUCUACUACUUCUGCGGAUCCUAUGUUGCCUCUCCUGCGCUCGGCUCGGCUGGCCCGUUGAUUAAGAAGGUCGCCUAUGGAAUUGCUCUUCCUGGUCUGCUGGUCACCGAUCUUUUGCUCAUCCAUCUUGCCGCCAAAUCCAUCUUCGUUCGAGUCCUGCGCAACUCAAAGCAUCUGGCCUCCAACACCCCCAAGCACUGGGCAGUUUGGCUGGGCUCAACCUUUGCCAUCACCGCUGUGGGCUAUGUGAUUGCUAGCGCCAUCCCCAUUUUUGGACAGCUUAUCGCACUUGUUGGAGCGCUUCUUGGCCCGAUUUUGUGCUUCCACCCACCCGGUUUCAUGUGGAUGUACGACAACUGGAAGAGAUCCGACGGCCGGAAACAGGCACGAUGGUACUCUGGAGUCGCUUCCAGUGUCUUUGUGGUCGUCACCGGGACUUUUUUGAUGAUUGCUGGCACUUAUAGCGCCAUUUAUACCAUUGUCAACACGCCGGGAAGCUCCAAGGUUUGGUCCUGUGCGGACAACUCCAACUCCACGUGA